CAGAUUAUUCCACGUCUUUUUCAAGCCAGUCUUUGAAGAAUAGAGAUUUGUUGCGGUGCAGCACGUUAUUUCAUUGCUCAUUUUAUUUUGAAGGACCUGUCUGGGGUUCUGUUUUUUCCUGUGCAACUGACUGCGCAUGCGCAGAGCGCAGUCACGUCACUUCUGUGGUUGGGUUGGACGAAGGAGAAGGGCGCGAGAUAGAAAAAUAGAAGCGCGGACACGACAGACUGGCUGCAAAAAUAAUAGUUUAGCGCUGGGCAUCAAAUCGCCUCUCCCCACCUCCAGAAAAACACCGAAGAGGCGACGUUACCUCUUCUUUAAUAGUGGACGCCACGAACAUCGAGCAGGGAGGAGAAAUCACCGCACAGUUGAGCGGACUCGGAGGGAAAUCAUGUCUUCUUGGUGGCCGCGCGGGUGGAUAAAUGUUCUCAAGAUGGUUCUGACAAAGAAACGGAGCAGAAACCCCAUAUCUUAAAGUUGCAGGACACAUCUGCUGUCGCUUCUCCAAGUGAAGCGGAGCUGAAAAAGUCAGUGUCCUCACAGAAGAACAAUUUAAGUCCCAAGACGGAAGUGGAAGGAGCAGGGGAAACGAGCAACACCAACUGGGUUGUAGACAGCUCUGGUUUCCUCUCCCCUACAGGCCCUGUCCUGAAGGAAGUGCUGGACAUGGUGGACGGG